AUGGGUCUGGAUGUUGAAAAAGAGCGUGGAUCGUCCUCAGUACGAAGCGUUACACAAGACGAAGUCGGAACCCCUACCUGCGAGAACGCAACUUGGAAGUCGAAAUAUCAUCGAUGGGCGUUGAACGUUAGAGGGCUCGAGUUGAGGGGAAUUGAGCCGGUGCCUCUUGAGGAACGGCAGGCAGUCAGCGCCUCAUCAUCCUUCCAUAUCCUUCUCACGUGGCUUAGUAUGGGGAUGGCCCUAAACACCAUGGUUGUUGGGACAGUUGGGACAGUGGUCAUGAAACUAAGCUUUCUCGAUGCUGCAUUGUGUUCGGUAUUUGGAUGCAGCCUGGGAUGUAUAGCAACUGGGUACAUAUGUAUUUGGGGACCGAGAAGUGGGCAUCGCACGCUGAUCGUGUCUCGAUACCUCAUGGGGUUCAACCCUAGCAAAUUUUGCUGCUGUCUGAACGUUCUGACAAACUUGGGCUAUGGGAUGAUGAGUGCAAUGGUAGGGGGGCAACUCCUUUCCCAAAUGACCGAUGGCGCUGUAUCCGUCGUCAUUGGUAUCGUCAUUGUUGCCCUUGUGAGUCUGGUGGUGGCCACCUUCGGCAUGCAUAUUUUUCAGUUCUAUGAGAGAUAUGCCUGGUGCCCACAGUUGGUGGUCUUUUGUCUUUUACUAGGAUCAGCGGGUCCAGAGUUCGAUUUCGAUACUGCUUCAGUUGGGUCAACCGAAGAAAUCAACGCCAAAAGGCUGACGUUUUUCUCUCUCUGUCUCGCCUCCGCGUUAUCUUGGGUGCCGGGAGCUGCCGAUUACCAUGUUUAUUAUUCACCCAAGACUGGGGCAUGGAGAAUAUUUUCGAUGACGACGAUAGGGGUUGGCUUGUCCAUGGUUAUCACACUGGUUUUGGGUGCCGGGCUUGGGACUGGAGUUGCUCACAAUCCCGCAUGGUCCGACAUUUAUGACGGCACUCCUGGGAGCCUGCUUGUCGCCGGUUAUGAUAGACUUGGAUCACUUGGCAAGUUCUGCAUUUUCAUCAACGUACUGACGAUUGUCUCCAACAACGCCCCCGGGUCAUACUCAAUGGCAAUGAACUUUCAGAUGCUUGGGGACAUUUGGUGCAGAGUCCCACGCCCCGUCUUCACGAUUGCCACCACCGCCAUAUACACAGCAUGCGCUAUUGGUGGGAGGGAUUCUCUUUAUGAGAUAUUCAAGAGUCUGGUGCCGAUGAUGGGGUACUGGAUUAUCAUCUGGUUCACCAUUGUCCUGGAGGAAGCUCUACUAUUCAACAAAGGAGAGUAUGACUGGUCUGCGUGGAACAACCCACAGAAACUGCCCGUGGGAUACGCGGCUACUGCAGCAUUUCUGAUCGGAUGGGCGGGCGCCAUAGUUGGGAUGGACCAGGUGUACUACACCGGGCCCAUUGCGGGCGCCAUUGAAGGAGGGUGCGAUUUAGGACUGUGGCUUGCAAUGGGGUUCACGGCUCUCGCAUUUCCGCCGCUAAGAAUGCUCGAGCUCAGAGUGGUCGGCCGCUGA